CUCUUAGUCAAUCUCUUCAUCUCUUGGUCUCUCUCUCUCUCAUCACACGACUAGCCAACCCCGAAAAGCUCAAGAUCAAGCUCCGAGCGCACGCCGACGCCGACGCCGCCCCCUCUUGGCUCGCCUACUCGCCGCGGCCCGCCAUCUCCGGCUCCUAUACCCCAACCCCACACGCCACCGUCUCUCCGCCCCCCGGAGUCCCCUCCUCCCCGCGGAGACACCCUCCUCCCUCUCUGCCCCCGCUUCCCACAGCAUCCGCAAUACCAUCUCUGCCGCGCCCCCAAUGCCCGCUACCCCCGCCGAGCGCAUUCGCACCCUACGCGCCUGCACUGCCUGCUCGGCGCGCAAGGUCAAGUGCGAUGGGCUCGACCAGUGCGCCGCGUGCAAAAAGCACAACGUGCAGUGCGUCUACGUCAACAGCGGUAAAAAGCGGGGUCCGCCCAAGGGCGCACCUGCGCGUGGCGGUCCGAAGCGUAAAGUCGUCGACUCGGCGUCUCCCACCGCGCCCAAGGACGCCAAGCCCGUGCUUGGAGACAUGCGGCCGCCGGCCCACGUCGACCGCCGCCUCGCGCCCAUGGUGCGCAUCGUGACGCCGCCCACCCUCGAUAGCGCGUCUCCAGUUACGCCGUUCGACAGUAUCUUGGGGCUCGAGACGGAGAGCAGCAUGCCGGAUGGGAUGAAGGGCAUGAUGGACUUUAAUCACGGCCUGCUGUCGCCCGCGACGACGACGGGGCAGAGCUCUACAGUGCCCCUGCCUCAACAGAUGGCCAUCAACCAGAUGGUCGGGUCGACCGCAAGUCCCGCCUCGGCCGCGCCCAGUGUUGGCGCCCACGCCGGCCUUACCGACGAUCAGAUGGACGAGCUUCUCCUGCUGUACGAAACAUUUAUCCACCAGCACUGGCCGAUCAUCUACCUCCCCGCCCUGCGGAGCUUGCGAUCACUCGAGACGCUGAGCCCGCUCGUCUUUGACGCUGUCCUCGCUCUUUCUGCCACGAACCAGGACCUGGGGCACGUCGUGGUGGGUGACUCGCCCAGCGAGGCGCGUUACGCCAGGGGGCCAUAUGGCGUGCUUUCAGAAACCCUGGUGGAGAGUGUGAGGCAGCGCAUUCUCUCCUCCCUGGGCGCAUGCGACCUGCCCACCAUCCAGGCGUGCAUCCUCAUCACCCUCGUCGACAUCGGAUACGGGCGCAUGCAGUUUGCAUACCACAUGGGUGGGAUCGCAUGCCGCAUGGCAAUCGACCUCGGGCUCCACACCAUGUGCGCGCCCGCCGGUGUGCGCACCACUCCCGGACGCAAGGAGCACGAGCAGUACCGCACCCUCUGGGCGUGUUUCAUCCUCGACAAAAUUCUCGCCGCCCUCCUCCAGCGCCCCCCAAUGAUGCGGAGCGUUGUCAUCGACACACCGCGACCGAGCACGAUGGAGCGUGACGAGCUUGACCUGUGGCUUGCGGGCCGUGCAAGCCAUUACCUUCAGGCUGCAGCAGUGAGCGUGAUGGAGUGCUCCAAGAGCCACGCAUUGAGCUCGUUCAACGCGUGGAUCGACAUCAUGGUGAUCCUCGAGGACAUCCUCGAGCACGUGUAUCGCCCUUCAGAGUGCCGCGCGCGGAUUGAGAACCCAGAGACGGCAGGGCGGCACUACGACGAGCUCGUGGUCGGAAUCGAUGGCGCACUGCGCGCCUGGCGCCGCAACCUACCUCCACACCUACAAUGGGAGGAAGGGGAUCCGCGAGCACACCAGUGCGUUGGCCCGCACGUCCUCACGCUCCGCGGCUGGUUCUACACGUGCAUGGUGCUCGUGCACCGCCCGCGUGUGCCAUUCCUCGACGCGGCAGCGAGUCCGCACAACGACGCCGCGGAGGCCCUCUCGCGCAUGUCGCAGACGGCAAGCUCUGCACCCCAACUCCCGGCGCACAAGCGCCUGCCAAAGGGCAUCGACGCGAGCCGAGACGCCGCGAGCGCAAUCUGCAACGUCCUCGAGGGAUACAAGCACUCGUUCCGGGUACGCAAGUUCCCCUCCAUGUGGGUGUACAUGAUCUUCCAAGCGGGCACCGUGCACGGCGGGCUAGCGGCGCGCCCCUCGCCCUCGCCGUUCGAGGUCGACGCGCAGCUCGGCGUGUCCCCGCAACGCGUCGAGUGCUUCCAACGGCUGGAGCAGUGCAUUUCGUGGCUCGACCAAAUCGGCAUCACAUGGGCGAGCGCAAGCCACCACUCGGAGAUCUUGCGGCGCAUCAGCGCGCUGGGCGCCAAGACCCGCCCACCCUCCCCGCGCUUCGACGAGCUUGUGGGCGCCCGCAACGUCUUCGAGCUCAGCGUGCCCGGCGUGCCGAAUACGGACCACCUCACCGCCACAGUCGACCCGAAUCAGGGCCAGAGCGACGACCUACUCAACUCGUGGAUGCUGUUUUGGGCGGGCAUGCCGACCGCGUCCGACGACCUCAGUUUGUGGCAGGGCUUCGAGAGCAUGUUCACCGACAACCCGCAGAUCAACCCGUCAAAUCACCCGCCAUUGCAGUAGUUUUCUGGUGUACGUUGUAUAGUAUUGUACGCAGUAUGGAUCUGGGGUUACAUGGCGGGGUU